AUGGACUACGCUCGCUUCUUCGUGGCUCUGCUGAGUAUUUUUAUUGCUGACACAGCGGCUGACAAUUCUACAGUCACCUACGACUGGCGGGUGACGUACGUCUCCACGGCAUGUGAUGGCGUCUCGCUGACCGAAUACGGUAUCAACGGUGAUGUCGCCACCCUUGCUCUCAUUGAGCUCGAAUUGGGGCAAACCGUCCAAGUGACUGUCACCAACGAACUGAACGAACCAACUUGUCUUCACUGGCACGGACUCCAGCAACUAGGCACCCAAGAAAUGGACGGCACCUCGGACAUCACUCAAUGUGAAAUCCCAGCGGGUGGCUCUGCUGUCUACACGUUCACACCGGAGCGAGCUGGUACCUUCUGGUGGCACAGUCACCAUGCAACGCAGUACGCGUUCGGCCUCCGAGGUCCACUGAUCGUCCACGCUCCAGCGGACAAGCAACAGUCCUGGGAACAGGAGGUUGCAGCGGAGUAUACACUUCAGAUCGCCGAUCUGUACCACACCUCCCCGGGCAUCGUGCCUAUGUGGGACAGCGUUAUCAUCAACAGUCUCGGUCGCUACAACUGCUCCGCUGCGGCAUCCCACGGAUACAGCGAGUGCAACACGGAUCAGCCGCUUUCACGCUUCAAGUUUGAAGGUAGAUUUUUUUUGGGAUCAUAUACGGAACGGAUCAGGUCUUUGAACAGACCAACCCACUCCGACUGUGAUCAGGUUCCUGAACAGGGUAUUACAGAGCCGUCAGAGGAAAUCACCACACUGCGUAUCAAUGCUGGUCAAAGGUACGACAUCAUCGUCGAAGCAAAACCCGCUUCUAGUUUCAAAAUGGGCUCGUUCUGGAUCCGCGCCACUGCACUUUAUGGUCUCCCGUGGACUGCAGGUACAGCUUCGAUUGCUGGCGAUGGAUUCAACUACGAAGGUCUGGCUGUUGUCGACUAUGAAGACGACGAUACCGCUGACCCAACGUCGUUAGCCUGGACGGAGACAACCACCAUCGAGGAGUUUGACUUCACUCCACUUGAGAUUUCGGUUCUACCCACAGUUCCUUCAGACCGCCCGAUUCUUGAGUUCGACUUCCGCCGUGGACUCGGAUAUUUCUCCAAUGACGGCGCUGAUUAUCUCCAUUUUGCUGCUCCAGAGGAACCCCCUCUCUUCAGUAUUGCUUCUGGUUUAAAAACGGAGGAACUUCCGGCUACAGCACUCGCUAGGAAAAUCGAGUACGGGAAACAUGUUGAGGUGGUGCUGGUGAAUGAUAUGAAUGAACAGCAUCCGUUCCACAUGCACACACACGCACCGUGGGUUGUUGGGAGUGGUGCGGCGUCGCUUUCGGACAUUCAGGCCGGUAACAUUCCCCUGAAACUGCAAGGAGCCAUGAAACGCGACGUGUACACAGUUCCUCCGUGCGAUACUGACGCGACUGGCGCCUGUACUAACCACGGAUACGUUGUCCUGCGCUUCACCGCUGAUAACCCUGGUGUCUGGAUCAUGCACUGCCACAUUGACUGGCACCUGGACGCUGGGUUGGCGAUGAUUCUAGUCGAAGGUGAGAUUGAACUUCAGAAGGCAGGGGUUGGUGCUUUUGCCAACAGUAUACUGAGUAUCUGUGGCACUGAGUUCACAAACUCAACCUCUUCAAACUCCACCGCAUAG